AUGGCUGAUGAGAUUGACUGGUUACACAGUCAAUCCGGCCUUUGCAAGGUAGACCUCUAUAGCCCUGAAGAACAAAGGGAUCAAGAUCGUAAAGUUAUCUGUUUUGUUGAUGUUGCCAGCCUUAACAUAAAGGAUAGAGACAGACGUAAGAGAAGUGCUGCUGACCUACGUAAUCUUGAAGAAAAAGAAGUCAUUGUAAUUAAGGACAACGACCGAGACCAGCACAGCAAUACUGAAGGAGCAGUCUGCCUUUUCAAACAAGGCUCCUCUGAAGAAGUCAACGUUGUGAGCUGGCUCAGCAACGAUCUUCAGAAAUACGCAGUCGGGUUCCAGCAUGCACUAACCCCCUCAGGCCCUCAUAGAUCAGCUUACGAUACGCCUACACUUGACAAGAUGUCCCAGGGCAGUGACACAUCUUUCAGAGGCUCUUGUAGCCAGAGAGGAGACGACCUUUCAUAUUAUGUUAACAAGCUUUGUUCCUUAGUGGUUCAAAUGGCCCAUAAAGAAAUGAAGGAUAAACUCGAAAGCAGUGGAAGGUGCAUUCGUCAGUCAAUUAGAGGAUCUAAUGGCAAGAAUGGUGAUGACUACGGCAAGUUAUCUCCCAAGUCAUCUCAUGACGACCCCAGAAAGGCUUCACUUUUUUAUGGUGAGAUGUCUAAUCAGAUGUCUAAUCAGAAUGGCUACAGACAGGGAGCAGAGAGACAAAUGUUGGAAAGAAAACAGUCAGGACAAGAUGACGGUUCUGUAAGCAAAGGACUGAUGGUGUAUGCAAACCAGGUAGCUUCAGAUAUGAUGUUCUCAUUCAUGAAAACAAUGAAAGUCCAAAAGGGAAAGCAUCCUCCACCAGCUUGUGUGGUAUUAAAGAAGGUUCUCCUCAAACAUACUAGAGAAGUCAUAUCUGACUUAAUUGAUUCCACCAUGAAAAACUUACACAAUGUUACAGGAGUGCUCAUGACAGAUUCAGAUUUCAUUAAUACUGUGAAAAAGAACCUUUUCAAUGCUGGAACACAGAAAUCAACUGAGAUUCUGGAAGCAAUGGUGAAACGCUUAUUUAAAGCACUUUCAGGGGACGAUAAAAGAUCUCAAAGCUUAGCUUUUGCAGCACUGAAAGCGGGUGCUCACUGUGACUCCAGAUCUCAAGGACUGCAGUUCGCAACACUAAAGGGUGAGAUGCAUGGCCCUGGAGGUGGCAGAGGAAAUGGACAAAUGAGGCCUCUUCCAUCUGGAAGCAAGGGUUCAGAUAGGCACUGUUCAAUGGACGUGUAUGCUAAAGACCUUAUUGUAACAGCAUUAAUGUUAAUACAGCAACACCUAUUAGAAAAAAACAAAGAACAAGCAUGCCGUGAGACAAACACUACAUCAUUUGGCUAUGUCCAUGACAGAUCUAGUGGUUCCAAAUAUAGUUCAAGGCCAGGUGGAGGAAGGCAGGAUAACCUCGAGUCACAAAAAGGUGAUAUCUCAAGCAUCCUUUUAUCAAUCAUCCAGAAAGUACUAAGAGAAGCUGGUUGUGCAGAUGAGUGUUUUGACAAAGGCUACAAACAACCUGCUUUCCCUGAGAGCAGACCACAAAGAGCCUUAUCAAAAUCAAAUGGGUGCCCUGAUAUGUAUGACAAUAUGGAACAGAUCAACAGACAAUUUAUUGACCAGUUGGUGGAGUCUGUGAUGAAGUUGUGCAUGUUGAUGGCUAAAGGCAGUGACUCUGAUGGAAGAUACAAUGGGAGACCAUUAGUAGGUGCAGGAUCUGAGGUGAUUGUGAACAACCAGAACUGCAACAACAGUGCACAAAACAGAGAGCUGCAAGCUGUGCUCCAGUGGUUGGUUGCUUCACAAUUCAAUGUGCCAAACCUGACUUUCAUGAACGAGCACGAUGGGGAACUGUCCAGGCUUCCACAGCUGGCUGAUAAUGCAGCCAAGAAAGGCUACAGUGUGGGAGACGUUGUUCAGGAAGUAAUGAAGUAUUACGAGAAACAACAGGUGGAUGCCAUGUCGGGACGCAUGCCUCGGUGUGGAUUGAUCGACUGGCUGCUUGCUAACCUGUAA